AUGAUGCCAUCACUACUAACAAAAACGUCCUUAAACUCGAUUAAAGACGUACCAUUUUUACUAAUUCGACUAACUGGAACAUUAUUACCAUCCGGAGCAGUAUUAAUGGUAGGUGGUACAAAACUUGUAAAUUCCUAUGCGAGCUGUGAAGCAUAUAUUUCUUCAUCCGACACGUGGAUAGUGCUUCCAAGCUUGUCAACACCACGUCAUGAACACACGGCUACUUUAUUAUCAUCUGGACAAAUAUUAGUAACAGGCGGUCAAACUACUGAUCAUAAUAUUUAUUCUUCGUGUGAAUUGUAUGAUUCUUCAUACAAAACGUGGAAAACGAUCCCUAAUAUGUCAUCAGAACGCUCUCAGCACCAAGCCGUCUUAUUGAAAUCUGAGAAAGUUUUGAUCAUAGGUGGGCAUGAUGAAGAUAGUAUCCUAUCCAGUUGCGAAACGUACGAUCCAUCAUCCAAUACGUGGAAGUUAGUCGCUGAUAUGGCAUCACCUCGUAUGGCUCAUAGUGCUACUUUAUUAUCAUCUGGGAAAGUACUAGUGACUGGUGGUGGCUCUGACGACGAUUCAGCUUGUGAAAUCUAUGACCCUGCAUCUGAUACUUGGACUCCAGUAGCUUCGAUGUCAAAAGGACGUCGUUUUCAUACAGUCACUUUCUUAUUUAGGGAUAAAUUGUUAAUAACUGGUGGAUUUGAUAAUAAGCAUAAAUACUGGUCUGAUUGUGAAGUGUAUGACGCUCGAUCGGAUAAAUGGACUUCAGUUGCUAGUAUGACAACUGCGCGUGCUGCACAUACCACUACAUUAUUACCAUCAGGAAAAGUUUUUGUAACAGGUGGUGUAUCUAGUGAUAGUAUAUUCGAUGCAUUGUCUAGCUGUGAGGUAUAUGAUCCAGUAUCAAACACUUGGACUCCGGUUGCCGGCAUGUCAGCUCCACGUUUUCAGCAUAUAGCCAUCUUGUUACCAUCCCGUAAGAUACUAGUCACAGGUGGUAUCAGUGCUCCACUUAGUGAAGUAUACGAUCCUAUAUCUGAUACGUGGAGUCCAACCGCCAAAUUUCCUACUUUUGUUUUGCAACACACUGCAACGUUGUUAUCGUCUGGAAAAGUAUUAGUAACAGGUGGUUUCGAUGGUUGGGACUCAUUAUCAAGUUGUGCAAUAUACAACACUCCAUCAAAUACCUGGGUGCCAACUGCUGAUAUGGUAUUAUCACGUUCUCAGCAUACGGCGACUCUACUCUCAACUGAACAGGUUCUGGUAACAGGUGGAUAUUCUAUUGUAGGCUGUAUACCGCGUAGUGAAGUAUACAAUACCCUAUCCAAUAUAUGGACUGCAGCUGCAGAUAUGUCAGUAUCGCGCUGUCAACACACGGCUACUUUACUACCAUCUGGACGCGUUUUAGUAAUAGGUGGUUAUGAUCAAGACUUGAAUAACAUGUAUUUUUCGAACUGUGAAAUGUAUGAUGUAUCGUCUAACACAUGGACUUUACUCGCCAAUAUGUCAUCGCCACGUUCUCAACACGCUUCUAUUUUGUUAUCAUCUGGGAAAGUAUUAGUAACAGGUGGUUUUGAUGGAAAUGAUUACUUAUCUAGUUGUGAGAUGUAUGACCCUAAAUCUGAUGCAUGGACUUCUUUUGCCAAAAUGUCUAAACCACGUUCGCAACAUGCUGCCACUUUAUUAUCUACCGGUGAAAUCUUAGUCACAGGUGGUUUUAAUAAUGGAUAUUACAUGGCGAAUUGUGAACUUUACAGUCCUUCAUCGAACAAAUGGAUAUCAGUGAUGAACAUGUCAUUCCCACGCUAUGGGCAUACUGCCACCUUAUUAUCAUCUGGACACGUAUUAGUCACAGGUGGUGAUAAUCAAGAUGGCUUUGCAACUUGUGAAAUAUACGAUCCUCUAUCCAAAACGUGGACUCUAGUUUCCAACAUGUCAUUACCACGUAUUCAGCAUAGAGCCGUUCUAUUACCAUCUGGAAAAGUAUUGGCAACCGGUGGGAACACUCUCCCAAUUGGUGAACUCUAUGAUCCUUUAUACAAUACGUGGACUCCAGUGGAUAAGACGGAUUCAGAACGUUUUCAACAAACAGCUACGAUAUUGUUAUCUGGGAAUGUCUUGAUAACAGGUGGCUCAAAUGCUUGGAAUCGUUUGUCGAGUUGUGAAGUAUACAAUUCUUCAUUAAAUUUGUGGACUCAAUUUACUAAUAUGUCAUCAUCACGAUCUCAACACACUGCAACGUCACUAUCGUCUGGACAAGUGUUAGUAGUAGGUGGUGCUGAUCAGUUCGAUCUGAGUUCAAGUGUUAGUGAGAUCUUUGAUCCUCAAUCCAAUACUUGGAAAGCACUCGGUGGUCUAAGCGAUGAACUUACCGGACACACUGCUACUUUAUUACCUUCUGGAAAAGUAUUAGUUACAGGUGGUUCUAAUUUCAUAGAAUACACAUCUACUAGCCACUUGUUCGAUCCUAAACAAAUGAGUUGGAUCCAUGCAGCUGAUAUGUUGUCAAAGCGUUUUCAACACACCGCAAGUUUAUUAUCAUCUGGACAAGUGCUAAUAGCAGGUGGUUAUGCAGGGAGUGUCUUGUCGAGUUGCGAAAUUUACAAUAUCUUAUCGAACACAUCGACACAAGUGGUUAAUAUGUCAACUGCACGUUUUCAGCACACAGCCACUUUACUAUCAUCGGAAAAACUUCUAGUAAUAGGUGGUAAUGAUGGAAGCAAGCCCUUGUCCAAUAAUGAAGUGUACAAUGUUUUAUCCGGCAUGUGGAGCCAAGUUGCCCAGAUGUUAUCAGCUCGUGCUGGGCACACAGCUACAUUACUAUUAUCAGGAAAAAUUUUAGUAACAGGCGGUACAAAUAAUGGGGAUUACUUGUCUAGUUGUGAAUUGUACGAUCCUUCAUCGAAUAAGUGGAGCAUGGCUGCCAACAUGUCAUCAUCUCGUGUCUAUCACACGGCUUCGUUAUUAUCAUCUGGAAAAGUAUUGGUGGCUGGCGGUUAUAGUCUACCACUCGGUGAAAUAUACGAUCCUUCAUCCGAUACAUGGAGUCCAAUCGCCAACAUAUCGGCAGCAUAUGCGUCACAGGCAGAUACUUUAUUGUCUUCAACAUAA